GAAUAGCGACAGGUGGCCUAAAAAUCCCCAAAUCACCUGACAUUUCCCUAACCUCACUUUUGUAACAAAUUCUUAAAGCUUCCCGUUUUAUACCAAUUUUACAAUGAGCGAGUCAAAAAAGCCCGAUUCGGCCUCAAAAGUGGACGCCGAGUUGUCCGAGCUCUUGGACAGUGCUUUGGAAGACUUCAAAAGCGAGCCGCCCAAAGACAGCAAACCUGCGCCCCCACAGGACGAAAUCCCGGACGUUGAGUGGUCGGACGAUUUUAUCCGACAAGCCGCAGCUCAAUUCGAGUCAAACUUUGCCAAUUUGCUUGGCUCAAACCCUGACGGGUCCCAGUUAACCCCCGAGCAAAUCCAGGCCAAGUUCCAGCAAAUGGCAGAGACGGCGCAACAAGUCAUCGAAAAUCCGAGCGGAGACUCGGGUGAUUUCGCAGCCACGAUAUCACAGACGCUCCAGGGGCUGAGUCAGGGGGCUGAGGGGCUCCAGAACCCCAAUUUGGAGCAGGAUAUUAUGAACUUGUUUGCGGGACAGGGGGACCAAAACGCCUUUAUGCCUUUCAUGCAAGGGAUGAUGCAGAGUUUGCUGUCCAAGGACGUGCUCUAUCCGAGUCUCAAGGACAUUUUAGACAAGUUCCCGGAGUGGUUGAGCAAAAAUAAGGACAAGUUGAGUCAAGAAGACGCAGAAAGAUACGAAAAACAACAGAAAUUGAUGGAGGAGAUCUGUGCCGAGUUAGAGAAGGAGAAAGAGAGUGAUAGUAGUGAGCAAAAGAAGGAGAGGUUUGACAAGGUCUUGAGUUUGAUGCAAAAGUUGCAAGAUUACGGACAACCCCCGACCGAUCUAGUGGGCGACGUGGGGCCCCCUUUGCCCCUCGAAAUGCAAAACAACGCCGACCCCAAUCAGUGCAAUGUAAUGUAAUUGGUGAAAACACUGUUGUUUGUUAUUUAUUAUUUAAAUAAAUUGUUUGGGAAAAAACC